AGUAUUCUACCCAACCUGACUUGUUUUCAGAAAAGCGCGCGAUUGAGGUUAUGUUGUAAAACUUGAAAAGGGAAGAUUAUUAUUAUUCCAAAUCCAACUAUAAAAUGGAAGAUAUAAACGAAGUGGAUAUAGAGGAGAUCGAGACUGAAAAACAGCCAGUUACUGAAAUGACUGAAACAGUAGAACACAACAACUCAACAACAACUCCUGAAAAGCCAAAACUGGUUAAACUUCCUUUGACUCGAAUUAAACAUAUAAUGAAAAUGGAUCCAGAUUGCAAUUUAAUAAGCCAAGAUGCGUUAUUUCUCGUGACUAAAUCAACGGAAAUGUUUCUAGAACACCUUGCUAAAGAAUCUUGCAAAUUCAUGGGUAUGGGGAAAAGGAAAACUGUACAAAAACGAGAUGUCGAUGCGGCAAUAGAUAAUAUACCUAGUCUUUGUUUCCUUGAUGGUGCCUUAGAAUAAUAUUUUUGAAUAAGUAAUAAACGCAUUUUAAUUAACAAUAUUUUACAGAAGCGACAUACAUGCAAAUUUUUGGGAUAUCUUUUCCUAUUUUCGUGUUGGUACCUUCGCAAUUACGCUUUGAAAAAAGAUGGAUGCAGUUUCCAUGUACUCUUAUUGAUGAGACUUGAACUGGUAUAUCAAAAUUUUUGCAUUUCACACACCCCUCCAAUACCCGCUCUGGUAUUCCCCCGAAUUCCUCAUGUUUAAAGAGUACAACGUGUGUGUUAUCUGCAUUGGUGAUACAGAUUGUGCAGAGUAUAAAUACAAGAGAUUUCCACAUAUCGACACCAAAAAAUACUGUUAAGAGUAAAAAAGCACUUCUAUGGGAACCAAUUGGUGUAAACAUAGAUAGAAUUAAGGUACGUAUGUAGUAGGAUCCUCUUCUCAGACAGACCUGCUGCCAUCACAUAUUUUUGACACUGACAGCUUUUUAACCUUGAAAAUUGCUUGUCAAACCUUAAAAAAUUACAAAACUUUAAAUAGGUAUUUAUUAUUUAAUGUCAACAUUAUAUGUUAGCGAUGCUCAUGAGCAUUAUGAAUGACAAUAACCUCUGACAACCACUAAUUUCAAGGCCAAAAAGCCUCUGUUUAUAACAUAAUCUAGUACAGCCGGUGAUUCUGAAGAUGUCAUGCCAAUAAACGGAGCCCGGCAUUUGGGAUCACUACCUACCCACUCCGACCGCAACCAUCCUUAGCUAUAAAUCACCGUAAACUUGAGGACACCACUUUUACCUUGAAUAUCGUCCAAUUGCAUAAAAUUUGAUUUGAUUAUGUUUUUAGUAAGAAAUCACUUUGUUUACGAACAUCAUAGCCGAUGAAACUAAUUCUAAUGAAUGUCAUGUCAUUUAAUUCGUAUUAUGAACUAAAUUUAACCUCGAAUUAAAAUUUGAUUGCCCCUAAAAACUGAUGUGAUCAUUGAAUUUGUAAACCUUUUUGUUAGAAAUUAAAGUCUUUUAUGCCACGA